AUAAUAAUACUCCCCCAACCCCAUGCUCACCUGUACGGUCUUCCUUCUAUAAAUCCAUCUUCUUCAUCACCUCCUCCAUAACCAGGUAACAAACACAUAAUUUGAUCCAAAACAAUUGGAUAUUCGACUCGACAAGACGAUCGGUCGACAUGGGCAAUAGUUUACGGUGUUGUUUGGCUUGUGUUCUUCCCUGUGGAGCCCUUGAUUUGAUCAGAAUUGUGCAUUUAAACGGCUACGUAGAAGAGAUCACACGUACGGUAACCGCAGGCGAUGUUUUGAAGAACUACCCGAAUCAUGUUUUGAGCCAACCAUGUUCGCAGGGUGUCGUCCGGAAAAUACUGAUCCUCUCGAAUGGCACCGAGCUCAAGCGCGGUAGCAUUUAUUUCUUGAUUCCGGCAUCAUCGGUGCCAGAAAAGAAAAGAAAAACACAACCCAAAGAUUUAAAAAAAGUCAAGGGAACCGUCAAGGUAGCGGUUCCCAAUGUGUCGAACGGGGACAAACCCGUUCGAUCACAUUCUUCGGAUGUUGUGGUUGUGUCGGAGAGGAAAAAGAUGGGACACCGGAGAGCUCGCCGGACUGUUCAGGCCGGCGAGUGGCGGCCUCAUCUUGAGAGCAUCUUUGAGGAAUAAAAGGAGACUUUUUUUUUUGGGUUUAUUUACUUUUUUUUUUCACUCUGGUUUAAUUUUCUUGUGGAUGGAUUUGACAUUUUUUUAUUUUAUUUUCACCUGUGUUUAUGAUUUUAAACGAGGUAAAUGUCUCUUUUGCCCCGAGAAAAUCACACGAAGAAGAGAGAAAAUAAAGCAAGUAUGCCCAAGUUCAUGUAAUCUCAUGUACUAAGUUGUAACUAAAUUUUUAUAAAUAUUUUUGCCUUUUCUUUGAAA